AUGGGCAAGGAGACGCGCCACCCCUCUACUCCGCUCAAGGAGCCAUACCCGUCCCCGCCUGGGGGCACGCUCAGCCCACCACCGGCGACUCCUUCCGCGCCACAGCAGCAGUAUCGUCACCCGUCUCACCCGCAGCCGUACACGGGUGACCUGCCUUCGCCUGCUCAUUCGUCUGGAACGUCUCACUCUUCUCGGUCUUCUCCGCCACGGGCGUCCGGUUCAACUCCCGGCGGACAAUCAACUCAGGGUUCCGCCACUACUGGCUCGCCUGGCUCGACGGGUGUCCUCGACCCGAGGCUAUUCACGCUCCUCGAACAUGGCCUCGUCGCGCACACUUUCGGCAGCAAGCUCGCGAACGCAUUCUUCCGCGAGGUCUUCGCCAAAUCCAUCGAGCGCAGGACAUUCGUCACGGAGCCCCACCCCGACGCUACGGCUGAAUACCGACACAUUGACCGCGCGUUCACUCGGAGGCAGGUGACGUGGAAGCUCGACGAAUACGCGCUCGACAUCGCGGUGGUCGAUUACGCGCUCGACGAGCGGUGCGGCAGGGUUAUCAGGUACAACUCUGCCGGCGCCGACUGGAAGCCUCCGCGCAACUUCUCCAAGGAAGCAAACAAGCCGGGUUUGCAUUGGUUCCAGAGCAGGGUGGGCGGAGCGGGUAUCGCGCUGGGGUUGUGCGAGAACUCGGAGCUCGCCUACCAUUAUUUGCGCGUGCCGCAGGGGCAGAGGGUCAAGUGCGUCCUCUCCAACUACCGGUCGUGCAACCUGCGCAUCAAGUGGAGGGGUUACCCGGACAAGACUUUCGAGAUUCCAGCCGCGAACAUGCGCUUCGGGCGCGAGAUGUUCCUGCACGAGCUUGCGGCAGUCGUCGGCAACCAGGUCCUACGCUACUUCGAGCACGUCGCGACCGACGUCCCUGGCCUCGAACCGGUGAACGACGUCAUUGUUCUCGGGCUCAUCCACCUCGACGAGAAUGAGUGGACGGUCAUGCUCCAGCAUUGCCCGCCCGAGCUGCGCAGGAAGCCGCUGCCGGGGUGGCCAUGGCAGGGCCCAGGCGCACCGGAGUGGGCGAUGCCGCCGCCGGCGUGGGCGGCUCAGAUGCAGCAGCAGGCGGCGAACGCGGACACGGCUUCGAUCGCGUCGGGCUCGUCGGGCCGCUCGGGAUUGUCUGCGACGACCACGCUCGCGGGUCCGGCUCAGGAUGGCAGGAAGCGCAUGUAUGCGGGCUCGGUUGCGGGUUCGGUUGGAGGCGCGAGCCCGGGAUACGCACCUUCGUACUCAAGCGCAAGCCCGCAUUCGCAGUACUCGGGGGAACGCGACGACGCUUCGACGAUUGCGGGGAAGUACAACUACUCCACGCAGUGA